CUGGUAUUGGUAGGCAUUAUACAGGAAGAGUCGUGGAGGGAAAGAAACAGGACGCCCUUCAUUUUUUAUCCUCGCACAGUUAGCGGAUAACGGAAUCCUAAAAGUUAUUCGGAGAAAACGUAGGACGAUAGCCCUACAAAUUAUUGCUCUACCAUGGACGUUUGACGACCUAGGUUAAUAAUAUAAAUUAUCCACUACAAGCAAAUGCUGUUGAUCUGUUUUUCACGCCAAGAAGAGGAAAAAAGCUAUUUUUACAAUUGACCAUGGAUGAUUUAGUGGCGCCUGACCUACCUAACUACCCUCUCAGUCCUCGUAUUGUUGUGUUUGAUGCCCUCCUCGCGGACCUAGAGAGCACCGGCUCUCCCCUGGCCAGAUGCCCAGUCCUGCUCACCUCUGACCCACCGGCAAACGCCGACCCAAUCCCUGCCAGCCCUCAGGACCCUGCCCAGACCAGGCCACCGCCCCCAGCUUACACCCCCCUGCAGACUGUAUCUGCUGCAAUGAAGUCAAAUGGUUCUCAGAAUCCAAACCCAGACAAACAGCUGUACAGCACAGUGAAUAAGCCUCGCUCCCCCCGAACGACGGACCCAACCCCUCCGGCCUUCUCAUCCUCCUCUGUGUUAGGAGGCGGUCUGAGUGAAUUGGACCACCUUCUGCAAGAGCUCAACGCCACCCAGUUCAACAUCACAGAUGAGAUUCUGGCCCAGUUUCCCACAUCUAAAAAGGAUGAGAGGGACAAGAUGAAGGAGUUCCAGGGGUCCAAGGACAAAGUGACAACCCCCUCCCCAAGUUCGAUGAAGCCAUCGGCCACAUCCGCCACGCUUGAGCUGGACAAACUCAUGGCCUCACUGUCUGACUUCAGAGUCCAGAGCACAAACGCUACAGAGUUCAAAGCUGCGGAGCCGCAGAGCCACGCGGUCUAUUGUGACAUACGCCGCCCGCGACUCGAUAACAGCCAGUCCCAGGAGCCAGCUCCAGCUGUCACUUCAGUAAUCACAGUACCACAGCAGCCGGCCCCGCCCACACAAUCGUCUUCCGGCGGUUCGUUGGACAGCAUGCUGGGGCUCCUCCAGUCAGAUUUGACUAGGCAGGGUGUCCCCACCUCCUCUAAGGGCAGCUGCUCGGCAUGUCAGAAACCAGUUGUGGGACAGGUGGUGACUGCUUUGGGGCGGGUAUGGCACCCAGAACACUUUGUGUGCUCAGAAUGUGAGAUGGAGCUUGGCAGUCGUAACUUUUUUGAGAAGGACGGUCGGCCGUACUGCGAGUCGGACUACUUCACUCUCUACUCUCCGCACUGCGCUCACUGCAGCAAGCCCAUCCUCAAUAAAAUGGUCACCGCCCUGGACAAAAAUUGGCAUCCGGAGUGUUUCUGUUGUGUCAAGUGCAGCCGGGCGUUUGGAGAGGAAGGUUUCCAUGAUCGCGAGGGGCAGCAGUACUGCCAGCAGUGCUUCUUGUCCCUCUUUGCCUCCCGAUGCCAAGGAUGUACCCAACCAAUCCUUGAGAACUAUAUCUCCGCCCUCAACUCCCUCUGGCACCCACAGUGCUUUGUGUGCAGGGAGUGCUACUGCCCCUUCGUCAAUGGUAGCUUCUUUGAGCACGAGGGCCAGCCGCUGUGUGAGGCCCACUACCACCAGUCGCGCGGCAGCAUGUGCCAGGCUUGCCAACAGCCCAUACUGGGUCGCUGUGUCACCGCCAUGGGUGCCAAGUUCCACCCUCACCACCUGGUGUGCCAUUUCUGCCUGAAGCCACUCAGUAAGGGCUGUUUCAAAGAGCAGGAGAACAAGCCAUACUGCCACCCCUGCUUCAUCAAACUAUUUGGCUGAGCACAGCUCUCUUCUAAAAUAACCCCUAAUCCAGGAGUAUUUUGUGCUUGUUAGGCACAUAACAGGUAAUGUUUCAAAAAUGUUUUGCUAUGGAAAACAUAAAUGAGCACUUGACAAAUCAAGGUCCUCCGUCCCGGUUUCAAUUCUUAUUCUUAGGGUGCUAGCUAAUGACAAAAGACCCUGCUCUUGUCAAGUUGUGAAGUCAAAUCUCUUUCAGACAUUUUGUUUUGUCUACAUUAUAAAAUAAUAUUAGUAACUUGAAGAGGAGAGAUUGAAUAUUUGAGUGAAUUAUAGAUCAUCAAGCCGCAACCAAGUGUUUAAGUAUGUUUCCAAAGAGAAAAUAAUGGUCUCUGUGAAUACAUUACCUUUUGAUUGAAGUUGAAUAUUGACCACUGAAUUGUUUAGAAGUAAUGAAAUUGAAUUUCUUUGAUGAUUAUUGAAUGGAAAAAUGUUAUUAUGCUUUUGAUGAAGGAUUUUAAUAAAAAAAACAUUUAAUAUAUUUGCUUUCUUGUGCAAAGUAUAAUUAUCACUGCUAUUGCCUUUUUAUAUUAUUAUAUUGUCCAUUUUAGGCUACAUUGUAUUGACGUUCUUGUGCCAAAGAUGAAAUGAUGCUCUUUCACUAUUGUGCUAUGCAAUUAUGUAUGAAAAAAUACCAAAGAGUAAAAUAAACCAAAUUUGGGGUUAA